AUGCUUGUCAGAUACGCUAGCUUAAUCGCUCUCGCAGCGGCUCUUGCCCAGGCUCUUCCUCUGAACAUCAAUCUUGGCGCGUACUCUCCUGCCUUGGUGGUUGGUGAUGGCGAAAUCUCUUUCGGAGGAGAGGCUGGCGCAGAGGCUCUCAUCAACUCGCUCGAAGGUGCUGCUGUGAGUGGUGCUACCGGUGCUGCAAAUGCCGCUGCAGCCCCUGCCGCCGAGCCAGUUGCCACAAAUGCGGGUGUCAUUAGCGAAAAGGCGAGUCUCCCCGUACCAGGCUCGAGUAAGGAGCUUGACCCUCGCUUGAAACGCGAGGAGAUAUCAGCUCAGCCCCAGAAGCGCGACCUCGCCGGCUUCGACCGGGCUUUGACCUAUGCUGAGGUCGGUCUCGAGAAGGGCCCCAAGAUCCAGCUCGGUACACCGGCGUCUGGUGUUGGAAUCAUCGUCGACAAUAACCAAGAGGCAGCCGCUCGUGCAGGAACUGGGGUUGCCGAGUAG